AUGACAAUUUCCUCCACCCCACAACCCGACGGAGGCUACGGCUGGGUCAUCGUCUUCGCCAGCGCCCUCACCAACUUCAUCACUCUCUCCCUCAUCCAAUGUUUCGGGCUCAUCCUCAAAGACACCUUCACGGAGCUCCACCUGUCCGCCAUGGAAGGCGCACUCAUCAUCAACCUCAACGGCGCCUUCGGCAUGCUCACGGGCCCCAUCACCGGAGUGCUGCAAAAGGUCUACGGGUGCCGCAUCACCGCCUUCGGUGCCGCUCUUCUGCUCACGACGGGAAUGGUGCUGACGUCGUUCUCGAGGAGCUUCCUCGCCAUCGUGGGGUCGUACGGAAUCGUCACUUCUUUGGGGAUGCAGAUGAGUGAGUCUACGCAGAGGUUGGCGAUAAAUCUGUACUUCAAGAAGAAGCGGAGUUUGGUGACGGGGUUCGUGAUGACGGUGGCGGGGUUCGGGCCUAUUCUCAUCCCCCAGCUUAUUGGGAUUCUGCUCAAGGUGUACUCCACGGAGGAGGUGAUUUUGUUGUAUGGGGGGAUGUGUGCGCACAUUUUCGUGGCGGCGGCGCUUCUUCAGCCGGUGGAGUGGCACGUGGAGGGUAAAGGGACACGUGAGGAAAAAAUCGAAUUGAAGGAGUUAGGGAAAACUGUGGCCCGGAUUUUCGAUUUAGAUCUUCUCAAAGAUCCAGUUUUUGACAAUAUUUUGGCGGGGUUGGCUUUGGCGAGUUUUGCGGAGCUCAACUUCACCCUUCUCAUCCCUUUUAUUCUCCACGACUACGAUUUGACCACCGACCAGAUCGCCACGUUUCUUUCCACCCUAGGUGUAGCAGAUAUGAUUUCGAGAUUCCUGAGCCCUUACGUGGGUAACUACUUCAAGAAGCCCUCCAGACUCAUGUUCGCCUAUUCGCUCGUUAUCCUAAUGAUAAUUAAAUUCACUAUUAUUCUCUUCGACAACUACUACGUCUUAUUAAUUAUUGGCUUUACCCUUGGAAUGGCGAAAGGCAUACGGAAGGUGUACAUGUGGUUGGUCAUUCCGGACUAUGUGUCCCUGGAAAAAUUACCAUCGGCUGCUGGGAUGGACAUGCUGGCGAGAGGUUGCUGCAUUUUGAUUGGAGGCCCGAUUUUGGGGGUCCUGAGGGACGCUACAGGGAGUUACACGAUUUGUAUCAUCGUGAUGAAUUGUAUCACCAUUACGACGAUACUUAUGUGGGCCACGGAGGCGAUUAUUAAGAGGUUUAAAAGGAGAAAUUUGGAGUUUGAAAGUGAGGUCGAAGGGAUGAGUUCUGGUAAAUAA